AUGUUGUACGAAAAACUGUCCAGGUUCGCCAGGUCAAGAUCGCUUCAGCUGUCCAUGCACAGCAGAUGUUCGAAAGGCAGGGACCUCGAUGACGGUGUGUACUUGACUGGCCGCAAGAAGAAAAAGGACAAGGGCGGUCAGGUGUACCUGAUGAUGCUCAAAGGAGGUCUGCUGGCCAUGGCGUACAAAGGUCUGGCGCUGUUGGCCGGCAAGGCGCUGUUGGUGAGCAAGAUCGCUCUCACUCUGGCCAUUUUGGUGGCGUUCAAGAAGCUGUUCAGCGGCGGCGGUGGCCACGGUGGAUCGUCCAAGACCACGUACGAGAUCGUCAAGCAGCCGGUGAUGACGCACUCGCAUCAGUACGCCGCACCCGGCGCCGCCGACACGUUCGGCAGCUACGACAACAGCGGACCCUACGCCCGGAGCAUCGCCCAGCCGGACGUCGUGCCGUACCCGCAGCUGGCCGCGUACAGGGCCCACGUCAGAGGCAUCGGUGGCGGUGGAGGCGGUGGAGGCGGAGGUCCCAUGGUCAUGUCGUCCGCUGCCUCGUCACAGUCUGCCGUGUCCGGGGGAGUGCAACACGAAUCGGGUCAGAGGGACGAAGCGCUCUGA